AUGCCGUGGUCCGCUUUGAUCUGCGGAUCGCAGGGCUCAGGGAAGAGUCACACGCUCUCAUGUCUCCUCGAGAACGCUUUGAUGAACCACGAUUCCGAUGCAGAUGCACGUGAGGACCUUGGGCCUUCCAUGGGGAGUCUUCGGGAUCCUCUGGCAGCUAUAGUGUUCCAUCACGACGGGGUUUCGAACAUCACAUCCCGCCGGCUUUGUGAGGCCGCGUACCUGUGCUCCAACGGGAAGACACCGGUCACAGUGCUGGUCUCAGCUUCGAACUUCUGGGCCAUGAAAUCGCGAUACCACAACCUACCAGGUCUUCCCCCGGAGGCACCACGACCUAGAGUCCUACCGAUGUAUUUCCCUGUUAGGCAGCUGAGUACAGACCAUAUCCUUCGAUUAUUGGCUGUCCAUCCUAUGACUUCAGUUUCCGGCGCCCGUCCACUACACAUGAGCCUCGUCCGCGAAAUACUACGGGACGUGGCAAUGGAUGAUAAACAGAUUACAUACGCCCGGUUUCGGGAGAAGUUGAGCCAACACGAUUGUGCAAGGGGCCAGAGCGAAGCGGUCAUCAUGCACUUGAAACAUCUCGAGAGUUUCAUAGAACCAAAUCCAUUGUGGACACACUCAACUCGGCCUGCAGCCAGCCCAAACACCGCAUGGGAGUUCCAGCCCGGAUCCCUGACUAUUGUGGACCUAACCGAUCCUUUGCUCAGCUCUGAAGAUGCCUGUGCUCUCUUCUCUGUCGCUUUGACCAUCUUCAUGGAGGAAAAGACGCGUUGCGGGGGUGUCGUAGCGAUGGACGAGGCCCACAAGUUUCUAACUCAGACCGGGGAAGCUAAACGGCUGACGGACGAGCUGGAGUCAAUCAUGCGGCAGCAGAGGCACAAUGACACCCGUGUCAUGAUCGCGACAGAGGAGCCUACUCGGUGUCCUGAGCUUGCUGACCUGGCUGACGCGACCUUCAUGCACAGGUCCUUACCACCAGCGGGGCUUUCUACCUUGCAAAAUCAUCUAGCCGGCGCUCAUACCGCAUCAAAUUCAUCGACUCGAACAAAGGGCAGCCAUGGACAUCGGCUGAUUGAGGAAAUUUCGCGGCUUCGGACCGGCGAGUCACUCGUCUUUUGUCCUGCAGCCCAUCUGUCCGUGAAAGGCGUCCAAGCGGGCAAUCCAGCCUCGAGCCUUGGCUCUGUGCUACCCCUCGGGGAUCGCUUUGCAAAAGUCAAGAUUCGAAGACGCCUCACAGCGGAGCCUACCAGCGGCGACGUGCCUGCUGAAAUGGCCGACACUGACGAGAUCCCCAUGUUCGUCGCGGAAGCUGAUAAACAGGCCUCAAAAAAAGACGUCAAGGCGAGUCCAUACAACGAAGUCGGCUCGACCUACCGUUCGAUCGAGUCAAGGGAAUGGGACCUCCUUCAAGACGUAUCUCCGCACUUGAAUGAGAUCCUGCGACCGUUCUUGAUCGUGGACGAUGACGACGAGGCUUGGACGUGGAAAGAGCUAACGCGAAUGGCCUUUCGCGGACUUGAGAAGAAGCUUAACUUCCCAGAAAACGACAUACAGUACUAUCCUAAGGUGUGUAGGAAAUGCUGCGAAGCACUUGACCAGAGAGUGGUGAGUCCUGAUUCAUAA